AUGGUGGGUUGCUUGGGGAAUCUGUACGACAGUGUUGAAACCUUGAACGACACUUAUUUGCAGUCAAAGCAGAUAAAAAACACACUCUUGAAUCCCAAGGUCUCGUCCUGUGGCUCAACCAUGCUUUUGCCUAGCGUUGAAGCCUCGACCGCCGCAACUACAUUUUAUGGAUGCAGUUACGCUGGUUAUGGCAACUGUCGUGUUUACGUUUCUGAUGGCCCCAAUGCGACUUGUCCACAGUGCAAGCAGAAAAUGGCUCAAGUGAAUACUUAUGUGCAGCCACCAAGUGGAAGCAUUCAGGGAGUGGGAGAUCAGGGAGGGUAUGUGAAGGAUGUGGUGACUUAUAUGGUGAUGGAUGACUUGACUGUCAAGCCAAUGUCCACCAUCUCUAGUAUUACUCUUUUGAACAAGUUUAACAUCAAGGAAGUGGGGGCUUUGGAGGAGAAAAUCAUCACUAUGGAUUUUAAUCAGGGUGUGAAAUUGUUGAAGGCAUCUCUGCAGUCAAAGACUGUUCUCACUGAUGUUUUCUUGAAGAAGUACCGGACUCUUUAG